AUGGCUGAAUUUGCUUCCAGCAAUCAAGCCGAUACGGUAUUUUGCGCUGCUGAAAAUUCCGCAGGAGUUAACUCCCAUACUAAAAUGUUACCACUACCUCAGGAUGAACAGGAUGCCCUCAGCCCCGUCCAAGUUGGCGUCUCAUUUGCCGGAAUCUUGGUCUUUCGAAGCAGCAAACCGAGUUUCCAAUUAACAUGGGACAACAUGGUUAGUAUUCGAUUCAAAGGCAAAAAAUUCAUCGCUCAGCUUAAACAUCCUGCGGUGAGUACUGAUUUUAUCGUAAAACUGAAUGAGUACUUUCAACUUAAGUGA